AACCCCCUGAAGAACCCCUUCAAUCCUUCACUGGUCAACGCACCGUUUCGUACAACAAAUCCAUUUCCAUCGCCACACAAAAGCGUAACAAAGACUACCCAAUGGCUGCACUACCAAAUCUCACCGGACUUCAGAUCGAGGCGACGUCGUUUCCACCGUCAGUCAAACCCCCAGGCUCCGCCAACACACUGUUCCUCGGCGGCGCAGGGGCGAGGGGGCUGGAGAUUCAGGGGAACUUCGUGAAGUUCACUGCGAUUGGCGUGUACUUGGAGGAUAAGGCCGUGCCUCUGCUCGCCGUUAAGUGGAAGGGCAAGACCGCCCAGGAGCUGACGGAGUCCGAUGAGUUCUUCAGAGAGAUCGUUACAGGUCCAUUUGAGAAAUUCACACAGGUGACAACGAUACUGCCACUAACCGGCAAGCAAUACUCGGAGAAGGUUUCGGAGAAUUGCGUUGCGAUUUGGAAAUCAAUCGGAAUUUACACUGAUGCAGAAGACAAGGCCAUUGAGAAGUUCCUUGAGGUCUUCAAGGAUCAAAACUUCCCACCUGGCGCCUCUAUCCUUUUCACACAAUCUCCCAGUGGAUCGUUAACGAUUAGCUUCUCCAAAGAUGCAUCCAUACCAGAAGCCGGGAACGCGGUGAUAAAAAACAAACUGCUUUCGGGGGCAGUUCUAGAGUCGAUCAUCGGAAAGCAUGGGGUUUCUCCUGAAACAAGGCAGAGUGUAGCUGCGAGGUUCUCUGAAUUGUUGAAGUAGAGUUGUGAUUAUGAGGCCGGAAAUGGGAUAUUGGAAACCCAGGUGUAGAAGAGAAAUGGUUAAUGUUGGAUGGAAACUGGGAGAGGAGAAAUAAAAGUUUACGAGUGAUGUUCUUCUGUAUUUUGUGAAUUGUCUACAUAUAAUCUAUGAAGCUAUGAAAGUGCUCUGUCUUGUUUAAUCUUAAGAAAAUUAUCAUAUUUAUGACAAGUAACAGUGUUGUUUUGUCC